GGGACAUGCAGCGGGAGCUAUCCGCUCACAACGCCGCCGCCUGGGGUCGCGACGCGGCUGCUCAGGCCGCCUGGGGUGCUCGCUUCGGGGCGCCCGACGUCGCGGCUGGGCGGCUGCUGGCGGAUCCGGGGCGGGCGCUGGGGCCGCUGCUGGGCUACCUGAGCCUGGCGGAUUCCCCUCCCCUAUCCGCGCUGUCGGUAGUCAACCUGUGCGGCUCACACGGCCAUAAGGCCCUCGCCCUCGCGGCACUGGGCGCCCCGCGGGUGGUGGUGGUGGAUGCAUCCCCGGGUAAUGCACGGUAUGCCGUACAGCUGGCGGCGGAGGCUG